AUGACUCGAUUCACGCCUGCAACCUUCAAAUCCAUCCCUCUUCUCCUUUUAUUAAUAUCGUCAUGCGCCAUAAAUGUUCUUGCUAGUCCAACCCUGCAUCAGGACAUGAUUUACGCUAGUGAUAAUUCUGAUAAUAUAGAUAAUGUUGUCACAACACCAGAUGGUAAACCAGCCGAAGGAUUCGAUUAUACAGAAGAAAAUGCAAAUUUAAUUCCAGUCACCGGAACGCCAGAACCAACAAUCAGCUCCAUGGGUAUAUUAUUCAGUCCAGGCGAUGUUUGCAAUUACGCUCCUAUAUCUAUCCCAUCAGACAUUGCUCAAAUUGCUCGAUUCAAACGUAUUGCCCUUAUUAAGCAAGGUGCAUGUUCGAUUUAUGAUCAGAUUCAAACUGUUCAACAACAAGAAGGAGUGGUUGGUGCCAUCAUUUAUAAUGAUGGAACUACAUCAUUAUCGCAACCAAAACCAAAUUUUGUAGCAAAAAUUCCAGUUUUCCGUGUCAAAGGCGAUAGUGGUAAUGAAUUGAUGAAGAAUUUAGAAAAUGAACAAAACCAACAAACUACUGAAGGUCAAAGAAAAAUGAUCAGAAUUGUUAUGUUACCUUCUUCAGGUUCAUUUGGUGGUUGGCAAAUUGCAAUCAUCGUUAUUGGUUCAUUACUUGCCGCUUCGUUCUUAGUGUCAGUUUUGAUUCAUUGCCGCUUAUAUCAACUUAGACGACGUGAACGAUCUUUGAUGGUUGCUCAACAUGAAGCUAAUGUAAAUGCCAAAUUACAGACUUACACUUUAGAGAAAUCUGUAGUUAAAUCUUUCCCUAUCAAGAUCUAUGGCAAACAAGACAAAAUCUCUGCCGUCUUCCAAGUUUCCGAUUCCUCUAGAUGUCCAAGCGGUUCACCUGAAAUUUGUUCUAUUUGUUUAGAAGAAUUCUCUGAUGGUGAAACCUUGAGGGAAUUGCCAUGUUCUCAUUUGUAUCAUAUAGAUUGUGUGGAUAAGUGGCUUACAACAAAAUCAUCCAAUUGUCCUCUUUGUAAGCAAGAUGCUACUCCACCUGCUAUCGCUGAGAAACGCGAAAAGAGAUAUGUUCAUACAGUUCAAAUUCAAAAUAAUCUUGAUAAUAUCUAUAAUACAUCUAAUGAGAGCAGAAGAAGUAAUAGAAGUGGCGAGAAUUCCUCUAAAUUGUCAAGGGUUUUGGAAUUGUUCGGAUAUGGAGGUUCAAGCAGUCGGGAUGCUCAAUCUUCUCAUGUGAGACCCACUGGUGGAAAUCUCUUUGGCAUUCAAGAACUUCCUCCCGUUGUUGUUCGUGAUGAAAACUUAAACCGCAUUGUAUAA